CCAUCCUCCACCGCGUGAACAAUGAUGUAGCCCAGAAAGAAGGGUCCAGUCAGCCGGGUGCAUUAAAGCAGAUGCCUGAAGUGAGGUUCACUCUGAGGAAGAGACUUGUGUUACCACAUCGUAACUGAAGCUCAGUCAACAGAAAUCAUCAACGGAAGCGCGUAUUUUCACUACCGGGAGUAUCUGCCGUUAAAUAAAGGCAGCGUUAACGAUGGAAGCCCCGCUGGAAAACAAGACUCCUGCCGGUGCCUUAGAGGAUAUUGAAGGAGCCGGACACGGAGAAGAGCUGAAAACCUCUGAAGAAGCGAUCACAUUCAUGUCCAGCAUCGAGCCUGCAGAGCUGCAGAGGUGUGUGUUUCCAGACUCUCUGGUGACUGUGUCAGAGGGAGGCCGAGACCUGGGGAAGUUCAGUGUGACGGUGGAGUUUGCCCGGAGAGGCCAGCAGCCCUGUGUGCUGCUCCAUGCUCAGAGCCAGGGAGCCAUUGAUGACUCCCCCUGUGGAACAACAGUGACAGCCUACCUAACCACGGAGCUGGAGGUGCUGGAGGAAGAUUACCAUGAGUAUGUCAAGCUCGAGGGCCACAGUUUGGACAAGAGGUGUCACAUGGUGCAGCGUGACGGGCAGAUGGUGAUCGAUAGAGUUACCAUUGCAGGAGAGGACGUGACGAAGGAGAGCGUUUCCCAUCCCAUGUCUGUCCUAAGAGGGCUGGUAACUGAGGGUUCCAACCUGCUGCUGAUGCGCCUGAUCGCUCUUAAGAAGGAGGUGCCAGAACACAUGACUUUCAUCUCCCUCGACCAGGGAUUAAACAUUAUCCACACCACUUUUAGUGAGCUGGGUCUAAAGCAGCUGGAGAUUGGGGCUGAGACAGUGGAGGUGUUUGGAGUGGAGAGGACUGUUCACUCUGUGGAGGACAGUCCCACUUCCUGGCAGUGCUACUUCCUGGCUGAUGGGCACUUGGCCACCAGAAUGCAGGUAGGAUCACCGGUCACCAUGAGACUUCUGCAGCUGCCAUCACACCUGGAAAAAGGUUUUGAGAAGAUCCCCCUGGUCUGGGAAGAAGACAUGCAGAUGCGCUCCCAGUUCUUGGACAGAAAGGAGGAGCUGAAGGGGGAUCAUGCCUCCUACCUGAGACAGCAUCCAGAGAUCCGUGCCCUUAUAUCUGACUUCUUGCAGUUCUUGCUGCUAAGGAAACCAGAUGACAUCUUCCCGUUUGCCAGAGAGUACUUUCUCCCUUUUGCCUCCCACCGUCCUCCAGAGCCAAGCCUGAAAGCCCCCUCACUCUGAAAGCACACCAGAGGGAGGAACCAUGCUUAAAUCAGCCUUUUUUUUAAAUAACUUUCUGUUGUUGUUUAUCAGUUUAACUGGAGAUUAAAUUUUUAAUUUGUAUUUGGCUUGUUCUGUUUGUGUGAGUGACAGGUAAUUAGUAUAUGAAUAAAGUUGUUUGUUUCAAA